AUGACUCUCCGAACACGCGAAAAUCUGCCUCCAGUUGACCAGUUCAGCUCGGAUCCCUUCAAUACCGACAAGGUUGUCCAGUCGUUAAUUUCGAGUGGUGGUGUUGUUAUCCGCGGCUUGCUUUCUGAAUCAGCUCUAGCAGUCAUCGAGAAAGAUGUGCGUCCCUACUUGGAGGCUGAUAAGCCAUGGCAAGGCGACUUCUUCCCUCCAGAGACACGUCGCGUCUACGGCCUAGCGGGCAAAUCUACCGAAUUUAUGCAUCACAUUGUUGCCGAUCCUCUUUACCAGUCCGUAUGCAACAAGCUGCUUACAUCUAGAUUCAUAUCAUAUCUUGGACAGAAGCUUGAGAUAUCUACAUCAACCCCGCAACUGAACAAUACAAUGGUUUUUUCCAUCGGCCCGGGAGCCAAGAACCAGGAACUCCACCGAGACGACAUGAUUCACCACAAUUACCUGACUGCCAUCAGUCCCAAGGAAUACAAAGUUGGCCGCGACACUGGCAUCGGACUCUUUGUCGCGGGGAAGAAAAGUACCAAGGCGAAUGGGGCAACUCGUUUCAUCCCAGGUAGUCAUCUUUGGGACUCAUUGGAGCCACCAAAUGAGGACCUAGUCUAUUAUGCUGAACUCAACCCUGGUGAUGCUUUUAUAGUGCUAUCCAGCUGCUUUCAUGGAGGUUCGGCCAACACAACCCACAACGAGGAGAGACUGCUAUACAGUUGCUUCAUGACAAAGGGGUUUUUACGACAGGAGGAGAAUCAAUAUCUUGCAAGUCCUUUAGAGAAGAUUCGCGAAUACCCAGAAUAUCUGCAGAAGCUCAUCGGGUAUAACCUCAGUAACCCAUUUCUAGGCUGGCUGGAUUUGGAGGAUCCGCGAAAGGCAUUCUCCACAGCGUUUGUCGAUAAGGAUAAGGGUGGGUACGGCUUCGGACCGAGAUCCGCUCGUGAUAAGCGCGGUGCCCAUCUACCCAGGACUUGGACCCUAAAUUAG